AUGAUAAAUAGUCAAACAAUUUCAAAUGAUGAUCAACGAUUAUCAUCUGAAACAAAUAAUGAUUCAUUAAAUGAUAAUUUAGAUAAUCAAAAAGAAGAAUUUUUAUCGAAUAAUAAUGAUAAUGAUAAUGAUAAUGAUAAUUGUAAAGAAACAAUCAAUUUAAUUCUUGAUGGAAAAGUUCCAAAGCCAGAUGAUGAAAGAAAAUUAUUUGUUGGACAAUUAUCAUCGGAUAUAGUUAAAGAAGAUUUAGAAAAAUAUUUUUCGAAAUUUGGUUCAAUCGAAGAUGUUACGAUUAAAUAUGAUGUUCCCGGUGGAAGAGCACGAGGUUUUGCUUUUAUUUUAUUUGAUGAAAAAGAAUCAAUACAGAAAGUUCUUAAUGCUCAAGUACAUACAAUAAAUCAAUGUCAAAUUGAUCCGAAACCAGCACAUCGACGACCACCUGUGACAAAUCCGGUGAAAAAAAUAUUUAUUGGACAAUUACCAGUUGGUUUUAUUGAGCAAGAUUUAACUGAAUAUUUUUCACAAUUUGGAAUUGUUGAUACAAUUGAACUUCCAAUGGAUCGAGAAAAAAAUGUUCGUCGUCCAUUCGGUUUUGUUUCAUUUUCAUCAGAAAAAACAGCAGAAGAAGUUUUACGUCAACAACGUCAUUCAGUAAAUGGUGCAUCGAUUGAAGUUCGACCUGCAAAGCCACGUCCUCAUGAACAACAACAAUUACAAAUGCAACAACAAUAUCAAUAUGGAGAAUAUAUUUUACCACAUCAUUUAAAUAAUACAUUGAUUUCAUCAAUAUCAGCUCCUUCAAUGACACAUCAAUCAAUAAUGGGUGUUCAUACGAAUCAAAAUUCUUAUUAUACAGCGAAUAAUAAUAAUUAUCCUGUACAAGUUGAUCAAUGGAGUCAAGGAGCAAGUAAUGGAGGAUCGUAUUGGAAUACAAAUAAUAAUGAGAUUAGAAGUAAUACUAAUAACAAUAAUAAUAACAGCUCAGUAUCACAAUGGUCAACAGGAAAUAAUGGUGGUUUAUCAACAGUGAAUGGCAAUAAUAGUAUAUAUGGUACAUUAGGUAAUUCAGUGUCAUCGUCAUCUUCAGUUUAUUCACAAAAUCAAGGACAAACAAUCUAUAAUCCAAAUGGAAUAAAUCAACAGGGACCUUAUCAACAUUCAAAUUAUCCCAAUCAACUUCAACCAUCAUACGGUAUACCAUCAUCUCAAUCAAUUGGAAAUAUUUAUGGAGGUGCUUAUCCACCUUCAUCAGCAUUGAUACCAUCGAAUGAUAUACAAUCUUCAUCUUCAUCGUGGAAUCAAUAUGCUUCAGCUAAUUUAGGUAAUGGUGGUAAUCAAACAAAUUAUGAUCCAAAUAUGUAUUACGCCCCCUAUUAUCCUAAUAUAUUCGCUCAACAGUACUAUCCACAACAGCAGCAACAACAACAACAACAACAACAAGCAGUAAAUCAAUCUCAAGCUCAAAUUCCUAUUGAACAAACAAUUUCACCAAAUGGUUUUGCCGCAUCAUCUAAUGGUGGUUUAGAUAAAAAUUAUCAGCAUCUCUCUCGAUAA